GACUUCGAGGAGCAUGAGGCUUGGGUGCCACAGCUUUUCGAGCCAGUGAGGCUGAAGUUCUUCGUCCGGCCGGUUGUGCCGCAGGACAUCCUCUUCUUCCUGCUCGAAGAGACGGAUCCGAGCGCUUCCGUGGUCGUUCUGGCUGCGGUGCAUCCGAAGGUGCGGGGAAAAGUCUGGAAGGAAGUGGUGCUCUUCCGAGACUUGCGCGUGGUCCAGGUCUUCAAGAUCGAGUCAUAUGGGCAUCAGCACUACAGGUCGCUAGAAUAUACGACGAACUCACGCUACUGCCUGGCCGAGAAGCAGCCCAGCCCAAACGACCGAGACGAUCCGUGGCCGGAUUGGGGUCGCUACGAGGCAGGUGCACCAGAUCUGAAUCUGGCUGAUCGACCAGCAAGUGUUGUGAUGUCGAGGACAAUCGUGAAGGACACGGUGGGUGACGGCAGUGCUGGUGCUGGCUCGGACAAGAAAGACCCGUUGGAUGACUCGGCCGAGUGGUCUGACGGCGAGCCCAGUGAUGAUGAGACGGAGCAAGAGAAGAAAGAAAGGACGGUCUGGGAGCGGUCGCAGAAGGAGGGCGAGCAGUACUUGCCCAAGCGGCUUCUGAAAGGCUUGCUUCCAGAAGGACUCCUGCAGAAGUACUUCAUCUACCAGCAGAACGAAUCGCCGUGGCGCGCCGUCCGGGGCUAUCCCAAGACACCGGAGGGUGAAGAAGACAGAGAGCCCGAUCACCACCUGGAGAUCAAGCUGGUCAAAGUUGGAAAGGUGCCAGCGACCGGUCAUCGAGGUUGGUGUGCUCUGGUCCGAAAGCGGUGGAAAGCAGCAGGACGGAAGCCCUGGUACCUUCUCAACAUGCUCUAUGCCAAGGAAGGGACGCCGCUGCAUUCCCUUGCUCGAACUCUCGUUCGCCUGGAGGACCUAUCGUUCAUCUUGGCCUGGACGGAGCAGGACCCACGCGAGCUGGGGAGCAAUGCUGGGCGCGAUCCUCCAAUUCACCUCAUCGAGAUGCCCCGUCUGCUGCUGUCCUUCGCGGUGAAGAAAGCUCCUGAUGGCAGCCGCGGUUUGUGGAGCUUGGAUCAUGCAGAGCUCUCGGUGCCACUGGGUCCCCCGACCUUUGCGCGGACGCAGGCUGCGAAACUCUUGGAGCCAAUGCCCCACUCCUUGCUGCUGCAGACGGCGAACGCGCAAUUCUUCGCGCUUCUGCCCAACAUCAAGGUGCACAGACCCCACGUCUCCACCGAUCCUUUCUCCACGGAGCUCGUCAUGGAGCGUGGAAAUACAGACUGGUGGGCAGCUGCAAAGAACAAGACCUUCUUGUACCCCAUCCAUGCCUCGCGAUCCUUCCUCCAGACGCCAACGCUUGCCUCAGCUUUGUACAUGAUGAUGUUGCGCUGGAUGCACCGGGACUAUCGUGGCGUCGCUGGCUUGGUCAGCGCCGUGGGAACGGACAGCAAGUUUGAAGAUGACGAGAUGCAAAUCUUCAAGAGUUUGGGUCGCAUCACCGAUCCGCAUCCAGAUUCCCACGCAAACCGUCUGCGGGUGUCUUUGGCCAUCGCCGAUGCGAACAUGGAGCUGCCUUGGGAUCUUCUGCAGGAGACGGCUGGCUACUUGGGUAAGCUUGCCCACGUCUCUGCCAGGUCUCGCCUGCCGGAAGAGGGCGAACUCCGCACGUUGGAGCUCUGCGAUCAGAUCCGGAAGUGCCUUGAGAUCAUCCAGAACGAGGUGGAGCAGCUUCGCCAGCGCUGGUGGGGUCAGUGGGGAGCUGUUCGGCUCAAACGCUUUGUCGAGCUCCUGGAGAGCGAAAAAGAGCGGAAGCUCGCCAACUUCCAGGAGGCCCAGGAAGUUGAACAGUGGCUCCGGCAGCUUUUGCGCAAGAUGCGAGCCUCGCAGCUUCCACAGACGAAGGAAGAGAUCCGCUCCAUGGCGUUGAAGGUCUUUGGGGACUACGAAGUGGAUCCCAACACGGAGCUAGCACUGGACAACCGCUCGAAGUAUCUGGAGCGCCUUGGGGGACGUGACGGCGCGCGGCCGGGUGAG